AUGAAGACCACCUGGAAUCUCCAAGGCGGAGAUCAUCAAGCCUACGUGUCUGGGAAGCUGCUGCAGGAGAUGGAGGUGAUUAUCAUUCCCCCAAAUGCCUUCUCUAUCAUCCAUCUCCUGCCCAUUCUCAUCACUAUCCCAUCAGAUCAUCAAGCCUACGUGUCUGGGAAGCUGCUGCAGGAGAUGGAGGUGAUUAUCAUUCCACCAAAUGCCUUCUCUAUCAUCCAUCUCCUGCCCAUUCUCAUCACUAUCCCAUCAGAUCAUCAAGCCUACGUGUCUGGGAAGCUGCUGCAGGAGAUGGAGGUGAUUAUCAUUCCCCCAAAUGCCUUCUCUAUCAUCCAUCUCCUGCCCAUUCUCAUCACUAUCCCAUCAGCAGCUGAGGAAGAUGUGGCUGAGUCGAAGAUCACGGAACGGAGGGAGCACAAACGCCGAAAACGAGAACAGUUCUGUGACGUGUGGUGUCUUCCAAACUGGGCUCUGUACAAUUACACCUGUUACCGAGUUUUACCCGGACUUCGUACAUGGGUUGACGCUGAGGUGUAUUGUCAGAAUAUGGUACCAGGUGGUCAUCUUGCCUCACUUCACAGUUUGGAGACGAGUGAGUUUCUUGCAGAUCUAUCUUUGAAUACAUUGAAUUCCAAUAUUGUUUGGGUUGGUGCCUCUGACAGGUACAAGGCAGAGAUCUUUUUCUGGACAGAUGGAUCUCAGUGGGAUUAUUUCCUCUGGCAAAGUAACUAUCCUACUGUAGGACUAUUAAAUCACCAUUGUGUUCUACUCCAAUGUGUUGGACUAGAUGCCUAUUCUAUGAGCAAUACGGAUUGUUCACAAGGCUUUGCAGCCGUUUGUGAGUACAAGCCGGAGUUUGAUUAGUCUACCUUUCUAAUCACAAACCAAAUCUCUGCUUGCCGAGCAAAUCUCAGAACAAAAACUAGCCACUGUUUUUUCAGUUGUAGUUGACUCUCUCAGGACAAUCUGAACCAUUUAAAGGCACUCUGCUAUCUGAAACAAGAUUGGGUCAGAAGUAACAAAAUGUACAGCAGCUAAGGCAAGGAUGACUCUUGUCAUGUACUACUGCCAAGGCCAGUGCAGAAAUCAUAAGCUCCAAGGCCACGACUCACUAGACUGCUGCAAAACGUUAAUGCUGUAUCCACCUGCCCUUUCACUACCAGACAGUGAAAAUACUCCAAUAAUCAACCAGGAGCAGGACAGAUACCAACACUCAAGAGAAAGCUAAAGAUCUUUCAAUACCAUAACAGCACGUUGCAUUUAUAAGGAGCUUUUAUUGUACUAACAUGUUUUGGACUAUUCUGCUGUCAGGCUUCAAAACCUGUCCAAUGUUGUUGCACAGCUUCAGAGAUCUUAUAUGCUACAGCGUAUUAUAUGCUACUUCCAAUUUUUGAAUAAAAUCAGAAGCAAACAGAAAGUAGAUGAUAAACCCCUACAGGCCCUUUCAUCUCAGAUCCUGACCGUCAAUGGCAGUGAGAGGAUGAGAGCCCUGAUGGAGUAUAAUACAACAUGAAUUAAACCAUAGAAAGACAGAUGAUGCAUGUUGAUGCUCUUGCAUUCACAUAAAAUCAUGGAGUCAUCCGCACAGUAACAGACCCUUCGACCAACUCAUCCAUGUUGACCAAGACACCCAAUCAAAGCUACUCCCAUUUGCCUGCAUUUGCUCCAUGUCCCUCUAAACUUUUCCUCUCCGUGUACCUGUUCAAUUAUCCUUUAAAUGUUGUUAUUGUCCUGCCUCAACUACAUCCUGUGGCAGUUUGUUUCAUAUAUCCGCUACCCUCUGUGAGGAAAAAGUUGCCCCACAUGGUACGUGAGCUCCCAGAGGAGGCAUUUGAGGCGGAUACUAUAACAACAUAUAAAAGACAAUUGGACAUGUAUGUAGACAGGAAAGGUUCAGGGAGAUAUGGGCUGUGUGGACAGGUAGCAUUUGCAUAGAUGUAGCAUUUUGGUUGGCAAAAGAGGGUAGUGGAUAUAUGAAACAAACUGCCAGAGGAUGUAGUUGAGGCAGGACAAUAACCUCUUGAUCACCGUGCAUGCAUCCCCUGUUGACAAAUCAUGUUGCAAUGGAUAUGCACAUGCCUGCAGCACAACGAUGAGUCGACCUAUAGGGAGGAGAUCCAGCUUCUAGCAGCAUGGUGCGCUGACAACAACCUGGUCCUUAACUCCAAGAAGA